CAUCGGUGUCGAUCUGAGCAAGACUAGUGCUGCCUGUGAACGGACAACAUUGUGUUUUGGUGGGGAGUCGAACCUUUCCGGUGGAGAUUCACCCGGGAGUUCUUUGUUCCUCCAGUGUCUGGAUUGAUUUCUGAGAGUGAUUCGCUACCGGAUACGUGGAAACUGAGUGUGCUCUGGGAUAAACGUCGGUGACACAGACACGGGUCGUCCGAAGAGUUAACUCUAAAGGGUUCCAAGAUGAGUGUCCUGAGCGUUAAAACGACAACUCAUAAGAGGACGACGAAGGUAACCACCAGGGUAUCCACUUCGUCUUCCGAUGCGUCCCGCGAUGGCAGAAGAAAGAGCUCUUUCAUACAGCUCUCGGAGAGACCGGCCAUCGCCAUGGCCGAAGCUAUGAAGAAUGACAUGAUUCGCAAAUACAGCGAGAUGGAUAUAGAUGAAUUGCUCUCGCAACUCAAUGAGAGCGAGCUGGAGCAGCUUGUGGGAAUGGUCGAUCCCGACGAUCCUCUCAUUCCUCCUAGUGAACGAUGCAAGAAUCAAACCAGCAAAGCACCCACAGGACCCUUGAAUCGCAAGAAACUGCUCACCUACCUGGAACAAUACGCUAAGGAGCAGGAAGACUGGCCGGAGUUCAAACCCUUCGAAGCCGGUAUCAAGCGAGGGAAAAUUUGGCAAGCUCCCGAAGUCGUCAAACCGAAAUUGGCUCAAGACGAUAUCGCUGUCGAGUUGGACCUUGACGACGAGUCCGAGAAAGCUCUACAGAAGGCGACGCCCGCGGAACUCGUAGAUUUCGCAGCGAUCCUGGGGCUUCACAGCAUGAUUUCGCAAGAACAGUACCACGCCUCGAUCCAGAACAAGGGACAACUCGAUGGAACCACAUUCGAGUCCCUCGUGAAAGCUUCGAUGCCUAAGCCCGUGCCUCUCCUGCCCGACAAUGCGACGGAUACUUCGAAAACCGCACAGAAGGUCUACAAUGACGACGACGAUAUAGAAGAGCUCAAUUGGAACAACAUCCGGACGGCCAAGAGAGAGGAUUUCAAAACACUAUUCGAUGGGCUCAAGCGCAACACAAACCUCAAGUCGCUAUCUCUCGCCAACGUCAACCUCACUGACUCGACCGCGGAAAUGUUGGUCGAGGCUCUGAAAGAAUACAAAACCUUGAAGAUCCUCAAUGUGGAGUCCAACUACAUAUCCGGCAAUAUGCUCAAGAACAUCAUUGAGGCUGCGCUCCAGAACAACGUCAUCACUGAGAUUCGUGCAGCAAACCAACGGCCUUCGAUUCUCGGCAAUAAGAUUGAGAUGGAAAUCGCGCGACUGGUAGAUGAAAACCGCUCUCUCCUGUCGAUUGGAUUGGAGCUGGCCGUCGCAGACGCUCGAGUCAGAAUCUCGAGGAAACUUCAGGAAAACCGCGACCGAUUGAGACGUGUGCGAGUCGGCCAGGAGACAGAGUAAAUAUGGGGGCGCCCUGGAUACGGGAUACCCACGCUUGCCGAAAAAAACAUGGAUGGGAUGCGCUUGAAGGAUUACAGCGUCCUCGGUUGCUGCCUCAUCCGGGUCUCACAGUGGGAAUGAAACUGGAUCCAAGUUUCGGAAAAAAUUGGACCACAUCGUUCCGGGACGUCAGGCCGUCACCAUCAGAUACCGAUUCGGUGACGAGGAUAUUUGUUCCACUGACUGAGUACUCUUUUCGCGACGGUCUAGAUAAGAGCAACGACUCCAGCCAGAGCUUCGGCAGAGAACGGCAAACUCGAGAGGCCGAAAGACGGAUCCUGAGUUGUUUUAUGUAACAUGUACCCGAACCUUUAUCGAGCAUCUCCGAGAGGAACAUCACGAUAUUCCCUGUACUCGAUACGGACCUUUUUAGCGGACGAGACAGCUGCUCCGGUGUUCCCGAGAUUCGGAUUGUGUCAGUUGCAUUGGAGUAUGCGUUUUGAAGUCGGGGACGACUGACGGAAAUCAAAAUUUUAUCCACCCUCUCAUCCGAGAGACAUGCCUAUUCCAAGAAAGCAUAAAUAUUUCUUCUACUGUAAUAUAUAUUAUAUUCAAAUAAAGAGAGUAUGUGAGACA